GUAGCAUUCUGGCCAGCGCCAUCUUGGGCGCUUUUGAAACCAGAUGUAACCAUAUUUGGAGGAGCGGGGGUUAGGCCUGACUGAGAGCUCGUCCACUGCACGUCCACCUACACCUGCAACCAUGCACUAAUCCGACAGUACAAGCUGUCACGCUGUAUCCACGCCCCCAAUGCAUACUGUGCUUCAUCAUCUAUUUUCCUCUAAAUGGGACCAUAAUUUACUAAUCGGACAUCAUGUUCUAUUGAACACGACGUGAAACUAGAAAUAGAAACCAUAUACUCCUCAGGAAAAUGUUUACUGACGUGAUAAAUCAAGUGAGAAGUAGUAAUUUUCUCACAGACUUCUAUAGAAACGGACUUCUUUUUUACAGCCAGUGAGUCGCCCUCUGCUGGUCCUUCAAGAGAAUACAGGUUUCAGGCACCCAAAUCAAUUUCUAUUCACAGUGUAUGGUCCUUCGACCAUGCAAAAGAAAUUUCGCAGGUUGUGUUGACAUGCGUUACUGUUACGAGAUAAUACACACAUGAUCAUUCAACCCGCGCGAGGAACGCGAGUAUUUCGCUGCGCGUUUUCGUUUGGACCAUCUCCUUCCGGGAUGCUCUCUUCCGGCUGUGUGCCUGUCAGGUCACGGCGAGGGCGAAGGAAACCCACGCGCCGCGGGGUCGGGCGGUCACGUGUCGUCGCCGACAGGUAGACGCAGGAUGUCGCGCGCGAGAAAUGCUUUCGCGGGGCACACUGUGACAGAGACUGUGAAGGACGACGAGCCGAACCAAGUCAAAUUGCGCCAAAGGCACGUUGUGCGUCUCACCCGGCAACGACAGUUAGAGCCCGCCGCCAUGACACCUGCGUAUGCCGGGGACGACCUACCGCUGAGAGCACUUCUUUUCAAAAAACGGAAUAUGACAAAGACUGAAACCUGGAAAAGCAGCUGUGAGAAGCAUCAGCAUCAGCGUCACCACUACCAUGUGACAUCAGACGCCCGCGCCAAAGAGAGGCCCCCAUCCAGCCAUCCCAUCAGAGAGAGGUGUGUCCGAAGCUGGAGAUCAAACCAUGGGGCACGCAGCUGGACCAGCCAUGGAGGUUGUGUGCUUCAAUCCAGGAAGUCGCCUCAAAGAAAAAUCGGAAGAUGCCGCUGUGAUUCACUGACACAACAUACUAAGGAUCGCCUCUGUCUUAGCCCUAUCACGUGUCCACUUUGUGUGGCAAAUUUAAUAUUUUUUUCCAUAUAUCUCUGCAUAGACUUGACUGAGAAGAUUAGAUUCCCUCCAUUAUCAACAUUAGAUCUGCCUCAAAGAGAGAGAGAGUGAUACAGAAACGGAUAUUGCAUUCUCAACCUUAAUGUAAAAUUAUCUAUGUGGAAUAUAACCUUAAGAAGAUCAGUCCUGGAACACAGCCAUAAUCAGAUGUUAUUAUCACUUUGAGGAGCUAUCCCCAGUUUCUACGCCUUUUUCUGCCACACCGUGUUGCUCUCUACGAUGAAUCCCAACGGCCUACCUGGGCACGUCCUCUUGCUGCUAAGUACUGUGCUGGGCUUGAGUGUGGGCCUGGAGUUUACCGGCUCUGAGGGCCAGUGGGCUCGCUACCUGCGCUGGGACGCCAGCUCCAGAAGUGACCUGACGUUUCAGUUCAAGACGUCACAAUCGGACGGCCUGCUGCUCUACUUCGACGAUGGCGGAUUUUGCGACUUCCUGCUCCUCACCGCGUCUGAGGGUAAGCUGCAGCUGCGCGUCAGCAUUGACUGUGCCGAGACCACCAUCACCUCCGACAAAGCAGUCAGCGACGGCCGCUGGCACUUUGCCGCCAUCAACAGGCACAAUCUGCGCACCGCCUUGGCCGUGGACGGCCAGACCAAGACGGAGGAGGUGCGGCCCCAGCGUCAGUUCAUGAAGAUCGUCAGCGACCUCUUCCUCGGUGGGCUCCCGGGGGACAUCCGCACGUCCGCCAUCACCCUGCCCUCUGUCCGUGAACUGCCACCAUUCAAGGGGAUUAUUACAGACCUCAGUUAUGGGAGUAAGCUGCCCACGCUCAUCAAUAGUCAGAAGGUUCGCUUGGAGAUGAUGGGCCUCUGCACGGAGAACCCCUGCGAGAAUGGUGGGAUCUGCUCGCUGGCAGACGGAGAAACCUACUGUGACUGCUCCAAAACUGGAUAUGUAGGUCGAUACUGCACAGAAGCAGUCCAGAGAAAACCAGGCCUCGCACACCUGAAGGCAGAGCAAGGUAGAAGCAAAGCGAGGGAGGAAAACGUGGCCACCUUCCGCGGCUCCGAGUACUUCUGCUACGACCUGUCCCAGAACCCCAUCCAGAGCAGCAGCGACGAGAUCACGCUGUCCUUCAAAACCUGGCAACGCAACGGCCUCCUCCUCCACACGGGCAAGUCGGCGGACUAUGUCAACCUGGCGCUGAAAGACGGGGCCGUGUCGCUCGUCAUCAAUCUGGGCUCCGGGGCCUUUGAGGCCAUUGUCGAGCCGGUCAAUGGAAAGUUCAAUGACAACGCCUGGCACGACAUCAAAGUGACACGCAACCUGAGACAGCAAUCAGGCAUUGGACACGCUAUGGUGACUAUCUCCGUGGAUGGAAUCCUCACCACCACUGGCUACACCCAGGAGGACUACACCAUGCUGGGCUCGGAUGAUUUCUUCUACGUAGGCGGGAGCCCCAGCACCGCCGACCUGCCCGGGUCUCCAGUUAGCAACAAUUUCAUGGGCUGCCUCAGAGAGGUGGUGUACAAGAACAACGAUAUCCGCCUGGAGCUGUCCCGCCUCGCUCGCAUCGUUGACCCCAAGAUGAAGCUCCAGGGCGACAUCGCCUUCAAGUGCGAAAACGUCCCCACCCUCGACCCCAUCAACUUUGAGACCCCCGACUCCUACCUGGCCUUGCCCAAAUGGAACACCAAGCGCGUGGGCUCCAUCUCCUUCGACUUCCGCACUUCCGAGCCCAACGGGCUGAUCCUCUUCACUCACGGCAAGCCCCAGGACCGGCGGGACGCCAAGGGCCAGAAGAACAACAAGGUGGACUUCUUCGCGGUGGAGCUGCUGGACGGAUCGCUGUACCUGCUGCUGGAUAUGGGCUCUGGGACCAUCAAGGUCAAGGCUACGCUGGCCAAGGUCAAUGACGGAGCCUGGCACCACGUGGACAUCCAGAGAGACGGCCGCUCAGGCAUCAUCUCAGUAAACAGCCGCCGGAGCCCUUUCACAGCCAGCGGGGAAAAUGAGAUCUUGGACCUGGAGGGGGACCUCUACCUGGGCGGCCUGCCCGACAACCGGGCGGGCUUGGUGCUCCCCACCGAGCUCUGGACCGCCAUGCUCAACUACGGCUACGUGGGCUGCGUCCGGGACCUGUUCAUCGACGGACGCAGCAAGGACAUCCGGCAGAUAGCUCAGUCGCAGAACAUGACCGGCAUCAGGCCCUCGUGUAACAAGGUGACGGGCAAACAGUGCGACAGCAACCCCUGCAAGAACAACGGGGCCUGUAAGGAGGGAUGGAACCGCUUCAUCUGUGACUGUACCGGGACCGGCUUCUGGGAUAGUACCUGCCAGAGAGAGGCGUCAAUCCUGUCUUUCGAUGGCAGCAUGUACAUGAAGGUUGUGAUACCGAAUGUCAUGCACACCGAGGCCGAGGACGUCUCCCUCCGCUUCAUGUCCCAGCGGGCCUUCGGCCUGCUCAUGGCCGCCACGUCCCGCGAGUCGGCGGACACGUUGCGGCUCGAGCUGGACAGCGGGAGGGUCAAACUGACUGUCAACCUAGACUGUGUCAGGAUAAACUGUAACACCAGCAAGGGCCCUGAGGUUCUUUAUGCCGGACAAAAGCUCAACGACAACGAGUGGCACUCGGUACGAGUGGUCCGCCGCGGUAAAACCUUCAAACUCACUGUGGAUGACGACGUGGCCGAAGGCCAGAUGGCGGGUGACCACACCCGUCUGGAGUUCAACAACGUGGAGACGGGCAUCUUGACCGAGAGGCGCUUUGUCUCGUCAGCUCCCUCCUCCUUCACCGGGCAUCUUCAGAGCCUGAAGUUCAAUGGCAUGCAGUACAUCGACAUGUGCAAGAACGGGGACAUCGACUUCUGCGAGCUCAACGCCCGCUUCGGCAUGCGCUUCAUCAUCGCCGACCCCGUGACCUUCAAGACCAAGGGCAGCUACCUUGGCUUGGCUACUCUGCAGGCCUAUACCACAAUGCACCUCUUCUUUCAGUUCAAAACCACGUCACCCGACGGUUUCAUCAUCUUCAACAGCGGAGAUGGCAAUGACUUCAUCGCCGUCGAAUUGGUCAAAGGGUUCAUCCACUAUGUGUUCAACCUGGGGAAUGGGCCAAGUCUGUUGAAGGGGAACAGUGACAACCCACUGAACGAUAACCAGUGGCACAACGUGGUCAUCACACGCGAUGUCGCCAACACGCACACGCUCAAGGUGGACUCAAAGUCAGUCACCCAGAAUGUCAACGGAGCCAAGAACCUCGACCUUAAAGGUGACCUGUUCAUCGGAGGUCUGGGACCCAACAUGUACCAGAACCUCCCGAAGCUGGUGGUGUCUCGGGAGGGCUUCCAGGGCUGCCUGGCCUCAGUUGACCUCAACGGCCGCCUGCCAGACCUCAUCAAUGACGCCCUUUUCCGCAGCGGGCAGAUCGAGCGAGGCUGCGAAGUUGGUUUCACCAAAGCCGACCUGCAAGGCCCAAGUACGACUUGCCAGGAGGACUCGUGCGCCAACAUGGGCGUGUGCAUCCAGCAGUGGGAGAACUUCACCUGCGACUGCUCUAUGACGUCUUACACGGGGACUCACUGCAACGACCCUGGCACCACCUACAUCUUUGGCAAAGGAGGGGGUCUGAUCACGUACACGUGGCCCAACAACGAGCGGCCGAGCACGCGGACAGACCGGCUGGCGGUGGGCUUCAGCACGACCAUCAAAGACGGAAUCCUCGUGCGCAUCGACAGCGCCCCGCGCCUGGGUGACUACAUCAUGCUCCACAUCGAGCAAGGCAAAGUAAGCGUGACGUUCAACAUCGGGACAGUGGACAUCAGUGUAAAGGAGCUGACCACAGCAGUAAACGAUGGUAAAUACCAUUUGGUCCGGUUCACCAGGAACGGAGGCAACGCCACCUUGCAGGUGGACAACUGGCCGAUCAAUGAGCACUUUCCAACAGGCAACAGCGACAUUGAGCGCUAUCAAAUGGCAAAUAAGAAAAUCCCGUUCAAAUAUACCCGGCCAGUAGAAGAUUGGCUUCAGGAGAAAGGCCGCCAGCUGACAAUCUUCAACACCCAGGCCACGAUCUCCAUCGGGGGGAAUGACCGGAAGCGGCCCUACCAGGGCCAGCUCUCCGGCCUCUACUACAACGGCCUCAAAGUCCUCAACAUGGCCGCCGAGGGCCACGCCAACAUCAAGGUGAACGGCAGCGUGCGGCUGGUGGGCGACGUACCGACCAGUCGCGGCGCAGCGCGCACCACCACCUCGGUGCCGCCGGAGAUGUCCACCACCUUCAUCGAGACCACCACCACGCUGUCCACCACGACCACCAGGAAACAGCGCUCGCCACCCACUAUUCAGACGACAGAUGACAUUGUUUCGUCGGCGGAGUGCUCCAGCGACGACGAGGACCUGGAGGAGUGCGACUCCGGACAUGCAGGAGGGGAGCUAGUCAUCCCCGUGCUAGUCGAGGACCCCAUAGACAUCCCUUCUGUAUCAACUCGUUCUCCCUUCAUCCCCCUCCCCCCAACCCUCCGCCCCGUCUUCACCAUUAUUGAGACCACCAAAGAAUCCUUGGCCAUGGCCACUGAGGCGGGGGUACCUUGCUUGUCGGACCGAGGCAGCGAUGAUUGUGAUGGUGGUGAUGAUGGUGAUGAUGAUGAUGAUGAUGAUGGAAUGGUGAUUUCGGGGUUUGGCUCUGGCGAAGCUUUCGACUCUAGCCUGCCCCCGACUGACGAUGAAGAUUUUUACACCACCUUCUCCCUGGUAACAGAUAAGAUCUUGACCACAUCGACCUAUGAAGGUGGCUACAAAGCCCUCGCGCCCAAGUGGGAGGCCAAGGACUUGAGGCCUAGCAAAGCCUCUGAGGCAGGUAGGACUACACCCACCUCGCCUCUACCCGACCUCCGGGGCACACCACCGGCGGCGGUCCCCUCGGACACGCCACCCAAGCUGCCCGCUGGGAAAAUGAACAAUCGUGAGGUAAAGCCCCCACAGCCGGACAUAGUCCUGCUGCCGCUGCCCACAUCCUUCGAUGGGGACGGCACCAAGCCCCGGGGUCCCUUCAUCACCUCGCCCAUGCUGCGCACAGUGCCCGCAGCCUUGCCCACGGUGCCCGGCGUGGUGCGGCGGGUUCCCCCGGGGGCCUCGGAGGUGAUACGAGAAUCCAGCAGCACCACGGGCAUGGUGGUGGGCAUUGUCUCAGCCGCUGCCCUCUGCAUCCUCAUCCUGCUCUAUGCCAUGUACAAGUACAGGAACAGGGACGAGGGUUCCUACCAGGUGGACGAGACGCGCAACUACAUCAGCAACUCGGCGCAAACCAACGGCGCCGUGGUGAAGGAUAAAGCACCCAGCGGCAGUGCCAAAGGCAGCGCCAGUGGCAAGAGACCGAAAGACAAGGACAAGGAAUAUUAUGUAUAGAAGUCAAGUCAUUUCCCAACACAUAAAAAUACAAACUGUUUGGAACAAAGUUAUAAACAUUUUGACAGUACCAUAUUGGCAACUGUGAUUUAAAAAGGAUCAAAUCUCCUGAGAACUCACGACUCGCCGAGUCCUGAGACUGAAACACUGACAAAAGACCUUUGGCUUAUGGAAGCACACUUACUAUUGUAAGCAUUAUGGAGAGACAAUGCAGUACAACUUCACCGGGAUUCAACACGAUCCUUUUUAAAGAGGAGUCCCUGCUGGUGACAUGUUGCAGUGUGAAUAACUAUCACUCUCAACAUCCACACGACCCCAAGUGACUGUCAAGAGGUGUGCGAUCCUCGGAGAUCCAAUGACCUUGUCCGUUGUAACCCUGUAAAAUACGAUCACUGUCAUUUCAGCCAUUCUGAGCAUGCAUGUGAGGUGUAUGUGACGUGGUGCUGGCAUCUGUGUACGUGAGGGACCUCAAGAAACAAUGAUUGUCGGGAAACAGUUGGAAGUCAAAACAUGAUUUCACAUCGCAAACGGUUUCGUUAAAUGUAGCUUUCAUGGAUGCGACAAGAGGUAAAGUAUAUGUACACUUAAAGCUGUCUUUUUAUUUUUAUUUUUUUGGGGGGGGUUGGCUUUUUAUGUAUUCAUUUUGUGAUUUAUUUAGUUAUUGAAUUUAGGUCCUUUUUUUUUUGAAGGAUGUCCAGUCAGGGUUGAGUAAGGCCGUGCUCAGUGACUGCUCAGCAGGAUGUGCUACAGUAAUGUAUCUCAAUAUUUUCCUCUCCCUCCCUCACGUCUCAGCUAAGCAUUGGAGCGCCGCGCAUGGCAUCCGAAUUCUAGAUGGUGUUCGAGCGUGCAACAGUGGAACCACCAGGCAAAUUGCACGACACGUUGUUACGUCUCUGAAUUUUUAAAUCUCUGAUAGCGUUUCCCUUUGUUUGCUCUUGUUUUUGUUUUUGUCCACUUUUCUUUGCAAUAUCCCUGAUAUGCUGUGGCAAAAGGCGUUAUCAUAAUUUGUCUGGCGGAGAUAUAAUUUGCAAUCUUACAAAAGAAAAAAACAUCCAGACAAACGACUUACUCCAGUGUGAACAAAGCGUGAUUCUAUCUGUUGUCAAAAGCAGCAAACACGUUUACAUAUUUUACUACAUCAUAGCCGUUGUGCUUUGCAGGUCAAUAUUGUACAGAGAAUUCAAGAUUCUGUUCACUUCCUUUUCAAAGCCCUCUUCUUGUACAGGCAGACCAUCUGAUUAGACUUUUUUUGUUCAGCUGUAGCAACGUGAGAGACAUAUUUUUAAAUUCUUUUGCCAGGAACAGUAACAGGAGAUGGAAAAAAAUGACGUGCACAUGAGCACUUGUUUAGUCGGGAGCAGAUGUUGUUAGAUUAGAAGUCUAGUCUCUCUGGACGGUGUUUCUCUUCAGUCGCAUGGAUAUCUGACCGCCGGAGGCUGUCGGGUCAAAUGGACAACACCUCCCUCCGAUCUUGUGUUAGGGACUCCUCCUUAUUCUGCAGUUACUUUCAUCAUGUUAUUUAUUUUCUUAUUGGAAAUUUAAAAAGAAAUCAGAACAAGAACAUAAAGACGGAUUGUGAUGGAUGUGGAGAUCUAUGGCUAGCACCUUACUGACUUAACGGGUGUUUUUUUGUUUCUUUAAAAACUAUGUCAAUGUUCUCGUCAGCGCAACUUGUCUUUUUUGCAUUUUAUUUAUUUUCUGUUAUUAUGUAGCUUAAUUGAAUGUCUCAUUUUUAUGGCGUUAUCCUCCAGCGAUAUGUUUUUUCGUUUGUUUUUUUUCCUUCAAAUUUCAUUAUUAACUGCUGAGGUUAUUUGUUGUCAUUCAUCUUCAUGCAAAAGUCAGUCAGUGUUCACUUCAAUUUUUUGUGUUUGGUACUUGACUUUUUGGACCAGGUGAUUAUUACUGUCUUAUGCUCCUUUGACUCCAAAACAAAUUCCCCGAAAUAAAAAAAAAUGUUGUUCCCAAA